AUGACCGCACAUCCUCGCCAGAAGCCCAAGGUGUUCCUAUUCGGCCCUCAAGCACUUGCUCUCGAUGCGAAAUUCUUCCAUCAGCUCCGUCUUUCUCUCCAUGCCGACCAGCACUCCAAGUGGGCUCUGAGUGUCGUAUCGAAACUGUUGCAAGCCUGGGAAAGCCUCAUCCACCACGUUCCCAAGUUGCAACACCUGAACGGCGCCCAAUUGCUACGCGACCUCAACCAAGGGCUGCAGACUGGAGAGAUAUCGCCCUCUCUCUUUCCAUUACCGAAUAUACUUCUUUCCCCCUUGGUCGUGAUCGCUCAGCUAACACAGUAUGCGAACUUGCUCACGGCGGCACUACCGAACCUCGGCGAGACCGAUGAGUUCCCGGCGUCCGUCACAGAGACCGCUGAGACGCUAGGGUUAUGCAUCGGCAUUCUCAGCGCGUUUGCGGUGUCGUCGUCCUCCAGCCUGGCUCAGCUCUACAAGAACGGCGCCGUGGCAGUCCGGCUUGCCAUGCUUGCUGGCGCGCUGGUGGAUGCGGAGCAGUCAUCGCCUGGCUCAGAUGGUGUUGCAACCUCGGUCUCUGUGUCCUGGAAUUGCGUUGAGCCCGGUGAUACGCUGUCUAGAGUGUUAAAGGAAUGUCCUGAGGCAUACAUAUCCGUUCAUGUCGACGAGAAGAGAUCGACAGUCACUGUCUCUCAGCGAGAGGCCGCCAACCUGGUUCAGCAACUGAAGGACUCUGGCUUGCAUGUGGUCGGCGUCGCGCUAUCCGGCCGAUUUCACUGGUCCGGACAUGCAGCAGAUGCAGAGCGACUCAUUGCGUUCUGUAACAGCCAUGCCGAAUUCCAGUUCCCCGAUCCUUCCGAAAUGCCCCUGCCCAGCAUUUUGAGCAGCGGCGGCAGUCUCCAAGAGAUUGCGUUGCGGGAAAUCCUGCUGAAGCCGUCGCAGUGGCUGGAGAACUUUACCCGCGUCUACUCAUCCCACCUGGAGACCGGGGGUGCCACGUUCAUAUGCUUUGGUGCAGAGCGGUGCACGCCACCCACAUUGACAAGGAAGCUGGGCUCUCAGCUAGUCCAGCUCACGGACAUUGACCUGUCGACUUCUCCACUGCCUGCACAGCUUCAGGCCAGAGCCUGGAUGAACUCCCAGAUGAUCGGAUAUUGGAAAAUCCUCACCAGCGGCCAGUCCCAGCACACAGAGGUGCCCUUGGAGCGCUUCUCAAUGCAGACUCCGUUUAGGAAGCCGGAUCCUAAUCGCAAAUGGUACGGCAACUUCAUUGCGGACUAUGACGCUUUCGAUCACAAAUUCUUCAAGAAGAGUCCGCGCGAAAUGGCAUCCGCUGACCCGCAACAUCGUUUGAUCAUGCAGUUGGCAUACCAGGCUGUGGAGCAGUCAGGUUAUUUUAGAGCCCAAGGGUCACCAGCGAGCAGGCAUAUUGGAUGCUAUAUCGGAAUCGGCAAUGUCGACUAUGACCGGAACAUUGUCUGCUACCCAGAGAAUGCUUAUUCUGCCACGGGAAACCUGCGGAGUUUCGUCGCGGGAAAAGUGAGUCACUACUUUGGCUGGACGGGCCCCAGUGUGACCAUCGACACGGCCUGUUCGUCCUCGGGUGUUGCGGUCCACCAGGCCUGUCGCUCGAUCCUUCACGGAGAAUGCACCAGUGCAUUGGCCGGUGGUGUCAACGUCCUCACUCACCCGGACUGGUUCCAUAAUCUGGCUGGCGCUUCCUUCUUGAGCCCGACAGGCCAGUGCAAGCCAUUUGAUGCCGCAGCAGACGGAUAUUGCCGAGGGGAAGGGGCCGGCGUGGUCUAUCUCAAGAAACUGUCGUCCGCCAUUGCGGAUGGUGACCAAGUGCUCGGGGUGAUUGCGAGCACGAAAGUUUAUCAAAAUCAGAAUUGCACCCCGAUCACCGUCCCCAACACGGACUCAUUGUCAGAGCUCUUUCAUGAUAUCGUUCAACAAGCCCGACUCCCACCUCAGGCCAUCUCGGUAGUCGAGGCGCAUGGCACAGGGACUCCCGUCGGCGAUCCGGCGGAGUAUGCAGCGAUCAAAAGAACACUAGGCGGCUCGAUUCGCUCGGAUGUGCUCUCACUGAUGUCGGUCAAGGGACUCCUUGGCCAUACGGAGUUUGCCUCGGGGAUCAUCUCCCUGGUGAAGGUCCUGCUCAUGAUCCACGAGGGCUUCAUCCCGCCACAGGCCAGCUUUACUUCCAUCAACCCUGCACUGCAACUUACUCCGCAGGACAUGAUUGACAUCCCGACAAGAGCGAAGCGUUGGGAUGUGGGCUUUCGCGCAGCACUAAUCAACAACUACGGGGCCUCUGGCUCAAACGCUUCCAUAGUCGUUACUCAGGGACCGAGGGCUAGCGUUCAUGCUUCGAAGACUGCUCUCGUGUCGGCAGAUGGUGUAAGCUUCCCAUUCUGGUUCUGUGGGCACGACUCCCAGAGUCUUCGGGCCUACAUUAUCAAAUUUAGGGACUUCCUGCAGCGACACGCCGGUUCAAACAAGGACCUGAGUGCACGCAAUCUCUCCUUUCAGCUAGCACGCCAGUCCAACCGCACUCUUCCCAUCGCUCUGCUCCUGAAAGUCUCCUCUGCUACCGACCUGGACCAGAAGCUGCUUGCUUUCGAGCAAGCAGAAAAAGGCACUGCGGAAAUUCAACCGCCGCCUGGCCGAUCGGUGAUUCUUUGCUUCGGCGGGCAGGUGUCCACGUUUGUAGGUCUGUCAGAAGAUCUUUAUUACCAGAUCGCUGCCCUGAAAGCCCAUCUUGACGAGUGCAACGCCGUAUGUAUCUCUCUGGGUCUGAACAGCAUCUAUCCCGACAUCUUCCAGACGUCUCCCAUACAAGACACAGUCAAGCUUCAAACAAUGCUUUUUGCCACGCAGUAUUCUUGCGCCAGACUGUGGGUUGAGUCCGGUGUCCAAAUCGCCGCCGUGGUGGGACACAGUUUUGGCGAGUUGACGGCAUUGUGCGUCGCGGGGGUUUAUUCGCUGAAGGAUGCGCUCAAGUUGGUUUCUGGUCGUGCGCGUCUCAUCCAGGAUAGCUGGGGCGUGGAUAAAGGAGCCAUGCUCGCCGUUGAGGCGGAUUUGACGGAUGUGCAAGCGUUGAUCUCCUUGUCGAAAAAGGCAUCAGGUGUCGCCUCUGAUGUCUCGAUCGCUUGUUGCAAUGGGCCCAGGCUGUUCACGCUGGCUGGCUCAACAAAAUGCAUUGAACUCACCCAGGAACUGGCAAAGACCAGUCCUGCCUUCUCUAGCAUGAAGACAAAGAGGCUGAGCGUCACCAACGCCUUUCAUUCCUCCCUCGUUGACCCGAUCAUUGAUGACCUCGAAGCACUGGGUCAAGAGAUUACGUUUAACGAGCCCGCAAUUCGCGUCGAACACGCAACCGAGUUUAAAACUACCGGCCGACCAGCAGGCAACUUCAUCGCUCAGCACCUGAGGAACACAGUGUUCUUCAAUCACGCAGUCCAGAGACUGGCCAAGGAGUUCCCGUCCGCUAUCUGGCUCGAGGCUGGAUCGAAUUCUACUGUCAGCAAUAUGGCGAGCCGCGCCCUGGGCAGUUCGACGUCAAAACAUCAUUUCCAGCCCGUCAAUAUAACCGGUGAAUCCUCUUCCAUCCAAAGCCUAGUUGACACGACGAUGAAGCUGUGGAAGGAAGGGUUGAACAUAUCCUUCUGGGCCCACCAUGCCAGGCAAACACCCGAUUAUACCCCCGUCAUUCUCCCUCCGUACCAAUUCGAAAAGUCACGACAUUGGAUGCACUUGCAAGAGCCCCCGAAGCUUGAUGUUUCAGCUGCCGAGCCUCUGCAGCAUCUUGGCGUGGCCAAGGGCCUGACAACCUUCCUCAGCUAUCAGGAUCCCUCACAGCAGUCCGCGCGAUUCCGAGUCAACACGGGGGUAGACAAAUUUCAACAGCCAACCUCCGCCAAUGUCGUCGCCAGCACAGCUGCCGUUGCCCCAGGCAUUCUCCAGCUACAGAUCGCCCUGGACGCGCUGGCGAACCUCCGGCCGGAUUUCGACAAGUACAAGUUCCAGCCGGAGAUCUGGGGUGUAUCCUACCAUAAUGCACUCCCCGCCCACCCUUCUAGCAAGGUGUACCUCGACGUGUGUUCUAGAGACGACAAAGGUCUCACCUGGGACUGGCGGCUCCAUUCGGAAAACUCAGAGUUCAGCUCCGGAACGGCGGAUUUCCGACCAGCGAGUGACCCUCAACUCACGGUCGACUACGAGAAUCUGGCUCGCCUGAGCGGCCAGAAGCGCUGUGCACGUCUCCUCCAUGGUGGUCAUGCUGACGAAGUCCUCCAGGGACGGAACAUCUACCGGGCCUUCGAGCAGGUGGUAAAAUACGGGAAACCGUUCCGCUGCGUUACCAAGAUCGCAGGAGUAGACAACGAGUCAGCUGGCCGGGUCAUCAAAUCCUACCAAGAGGAAGCGUGGAUCGACUCCGUUCUGACCGAGUGCUUCUGCCAGGUCGCUGGUAUCUUCGUCAACUUGAUGACCGACUCGUCGGAUCUGGAUGACCGCGGCAUCUUGUCUGCGAUGGGAUCUCCAGAUGGACGCGUAGGCCCCGGCUGGGAGUCUGAGACUAAGUAUGUCAGCGACGUGUUUGCGUUUGAUCCUCGCGAUGGAUCAUUGGUCGAAGCGAUACUGGGCCUCUCGUAUCAGAGAGUACCCAUGGAAUCUAUUCGCAAAGUCUUAAGCCGUGCCGCCGAACAAACACCUGCUUCCCCUUCUGCUGGUAUCCCUCUUUCUGUCUCAAAGACUCCUUCGUCAAUCCCUCCCGUCAGAGAGUCCACUCGCUCAGCUUCAUCACCCUAUCCAGAGCCUGUGAAUGAACUUAAGAAGAAAGCAGCCAAACAGCCGGGACCAGACGUUUGGGCCAAAACCCGCGAAAUAAUAUGCAAUCUGUCCGGGCUGGAACCUGAAGAGAUUCAGAACGACUCCGACCUAAUUGAGCUGGGCAUUGAUUCUCUCAUGGCAAUGGAGCUGGUACGCGAGGUGCAGGCUGCAUUUAAGUGCACCCUUCGGAAUGAGCAGCUGAUGGAACUGACCGACUUUACGAGCCUGGUUAGGUGUAUUCAGUCUACGCUAGGGCUUGGUGAUGAUGACGAUGUGGACGAAGUGCCAGCAGAAGCUGCUGCUGGCACAAAUGGUACUGUUCAUGUCAACGGUACCAACGGUACCAACGGUGUCAAUGGUGUCAAUGGUGUCAAUGGUGUCAAUGGUGUCAAUGGUGUCAAUGGUGUCAAUGGUGUCAAUGGUGUCAACGGAGUCAACGGUACCAACGGUGCCAAUGGAGUCAAUGGCAUUAAUGGAAUUACCCGAAAUGGUGUUCAUACGAAUGGUACCGACAGCCACGCCACGUUCUCGACAUCCACGGUCCGCGACACCUUCAGCGAUUUCAAAUGGACCACGGACGACGCCAUCAUCAAGGGCCGCCUCGCAAACUACUACAAAGAGGUCAUGCCGAGAUCCACUGAGCUCUGUAUCAAGUAUAUCGUUGACGCAUUCGAGCAACUGGGCUGCUCUAUCCGGUCCGCAGCGCCCGGCCAACGCCUCGAGCGCAUUCCAUACCACCCCAAGCAUGAAAAGUUUAUGAACUUGAUCUAUGGCCUUCUGGAAACCGAGGCACGCCUGGUUGAUAUCAAUGGCGCGGAAAUCACGCGCACCGCUGUUGCAGCACCCACCAUCUCUGCAGAGGCACUGCUCGCAAAGCUGCUUCACGACGAGCCAGUUCACGCCGCCGAACACAGGCUCACGGCUCUGGUGGGAGCCAAGUUUGCAGACUUGAUUACAGGCAAGGAGGAUGGUCUGCAGCUGGUCUUCGGCACUCCCGAAGCCCGCGAGAUCGCGUCGGAGAUGUAUGCCAGAUCACCCAUCAAUACCGUCUGGAUCCAGCAGCUCGCCGACUUUCUGCUUCAGUUGCUCGGUCAACUUCCGCGGACGGGAGCGCCCAUCUGUAUCCUCGAAAUUGGCGCAGGGACUGGAGGCACAACAAGCAGGAUUGUGCCCCUGCUCGCCGAACUCGGUGUCCCCGUCAAGUACGCCAUGACCGACAUCUCUGGCUCACUGAUCGCGGCUGCGCGCAAGCGCUUCAAGCAGUAUCCGUUCAUGGAGUUCAAGGUACUGAACAUGGAAACCGAACCGGACGCGAAACUCCUCGAAAGCCAGCACAUCGUCCUCGCCACUAACUGCGUCCACGCUACGAGGGAUCUGACCGUCUCCCUAAAGAACCUGCAUCGGAUCCUGCGGCCGGAAGGCUUCCUGGUCAUGCUCGAGAUGACGCAGCAGGUGCCUUGGGUGGAUUUCGUCUUUGGAUUCAUCGAGGGUUGGUGGCUGUUUGAGGACGGACGAAGUUAUGUUCUCCAGCCCGCGAGCUACUGGGAGCGAGUGCUGCACUCAGUGGGAUACGGCCAUGUCGACUGGACGGCCGGAGACCUUCCCGAAGCCAACAUCCAGCGCCUGAUUAUUGCUCAUGCGUCUGGGACCAGGUAUGAUCGAGCGCCGAAACCUGCUUUGCAUCCGGCUUCAGAAUCCCAAUUGACAGAACGCCCAUCGGAUGACCCAGAGCGGGGCGCCAUCAUUGACGAGUACGUCCUCAAGUACACGAACGGCUUUGUCCCGCCAUCGCGGCCCCGCGCAGCCAUGGGCAAUUCAUCCCCGAGCAUAAAAAAUUGCGUGCUGGUCACCGGCGCCACGGGCAGUCUGGGCUCCCACAUCGUGGCCUAUUUCGCCCAACGCCCGGACAUCAGCACGGUCGUCUGCCUCAACCGGGUCAGCACCGUCGACGCAGCCCAACGGCAGCGCGCCUCGCUCGAAAUGCGCGGGAUCACCCUCGACGCGACAUCGCUGUCGAAGCUCCAAGUGCUUGAAAGCGACACCAGCAAACCUCACCUCGGCUUAUCGCCCGAGACCUACACCCACCUCACUCGCACCGUCACCCACAUUCUCCACAGCGCUUGGCCCAUGAGCCUGACACGGCCCAUCCGCACCUAUGAGACGCAAUUCAAAACCGCCCGCAACCUGCUCACCCUCGCCACGGACGUGGUCGAGCUCCGCCCCGCCCCCUUCAAGCUCGGCUUCCAAUUCGUUUCCUCCAGCGCCGUCAUCGCCAAUUACCCGCUCUGGAUGGGAACCCCGCUCGUCCCGGAGGAACCAGGCACAAUCGCCUCGCUCCCGGGAACGGGCUACGCAGAGGCGAAACUCGUCGUCGAGCGAAUGCUGGCUCAGACGUUGUAUCGGUAUCCGGAAUCCUUCCAUGCGAUGGCCGUCCGCGUCGCCCAAAUCGCCGGCUCGACGUCCAACGGGUACUGGAAUCCAACCGAGUACAUGCCCUUCCUGAUCAAGUCAUCACAGGUGCUCCGGCUCCUGCCGGACCUCGAGGGUACGCUCUCGUGGUAUCCGGUGAACGACGUAGCGGCCACACUGGGCGAGCUGCUCCUCACUGAGACAUCGACAGAUCUGAUCUACCAUAUCGAUAACCCGUCACGGCAGGGAUGGAAGGAGAUGAUCGGGACGUUGGCACGGGCGCUGGGAAUUAGUGAGGAAGGUAUCGUGCCGUAUGAGACUUGGGUAGAUCGCGUCAGGAGGUUUCGGGCCAGUGUGAGUGAUAAUCCGGCGUUGCAGUUGAUCGAGUUCUUUGAUCAUUACUUCGUGCCCAUGUCGUGCGGCGGGUUGGUCUUGGAUACGGACAAGGCCAGGAGGCAUUCGGGGACGCUGAGGCAACAGGGACCAAUUGACGAGGGACUGUUGAUGAAAUAUAUAACGAGAUGGAAGCAGGAGGGAUUCUUGAAUCCCUAG